GUUACCUUUGAUGAAGUGGGUGGUUUGGACGACCAUAUACAUUCAUUGAAAGAAAUGACCCUCCUCCCCCUCUUAUACCCCGAAGUCUUCCAGCGAUUCAACGUCACGCCUCCUCGCGGCGUGCUCUUCCACGGUCCCCCAGGGACAGGAAAGACCUUGUUAGCCAGAGCCCUUGCGGCGAGCUGUAGAUCAGGCGCAUUCUUCAUGCGCAAAGGCGCAGACUGCCUCUCCAAAUGGGUCGGCGAAGCCGAACGCCAACUCCGGCUCCUCUUCGAAGAAGCGCGCUCCUGCCAACCCUCUAUCAUCUUCUUUGACGAGAUCGACGGGCUCGCGCCUGUCCGGUCUUCCAAACAAGACCAGAUCCAUGCGUCUAUCGUUAGUACCCUUUUGGCCUUGAUGGACGGGAUGGAUGGGAGGGGCCAGGUUAUUGUUAUUGGGGCUACGAAUCGGCCGGAUGCGAUUGAUCCUGCGUUGAGGAGACCGGGGAGGUUUGAUAGGGAGUUUUAUUUUGCGCUGCCUGGGUUGGAGGCUAGGGAGAAGAUUUUG